CGCAGACUCAAACGACGUCGUUCUAUGCGCUAAAGCUCGACGACGCCCCGCUUCCAUGACCACCACCGCGGCAAGAAAAAUCACAGACCACAUUUGUAGUUCCGACAGGGAAGGAGCAAUCCUCAGCCUCUCUCUCUCUCUCUCUCUCUAGCCGUAGCGGAUUCGGGUAGCAGGAAGUUUGACUGGAACGAAUUCGAGCACCAGAUUUGAGUUUCAGGCACCACAGGGUAUGGCAAUAAAGCCAACGGUUGCUUUGAGGGGUAUAGUGGUUGGAGGGAUAGCUGUUUUUGCUAAAGUUGCUGGUGCAGUGAAAGCAGCCGGUGGAGCAAAGGUGGGGGCAGCAGCAGCUGCCAUGACUGCAGCCGCAGCUGCGGCUGCAACAGGAGCAAAAGAAGAACCUAAGAAUGCUACUAAGCAGCCUUCAAAAUAAUUUUUUUUUUCUAUUUUCGGUAGAUGUGAUGAGUCAAUGGCAUAGCUGAUGAACUGCUGCGAAUACACAGGAAAUGUUAAAUGUAUAAACAACUAGAAUAAAAAAAAUUAUUACUUUUUCUGGGGGAGAAAA